GGCGCGAGGCACCUAUCCUCAUUAGGGCUCCGCAGGACACGCGCAGGGCCGUCACGUCCUCGCGACUUUGCAAGGACGCACUUGAUUGCAAUUUUCGCUGUUAUCCAAUACCAUUGGAAGCUGCAGGCUUUGCAAGCUGCCGUCGGCAAGCAUAGGUUUUGUUUACGACGGUUGCGGCCAGACUUUUCCUUCGCGCACCUCAAACACUCUAGUCCGACGUGCAGAUCACGUUCUUUCGAAUUCGGACAUUACGCUGAGGCGGCGGCGGGCGGCCACUGGACUGUGAAACGCUUGCGUUCAGCAGCGCGUGGCGGGCCAUGGACGCAGCAAUGGAGCUCGCGAAGCAGGCGCUGUCCCAGAUAUCCCUUGUGCCGCUGUAUGGCGGGGGCUUCUGGGUUGCUUUCACGCAGCUGGUGGUGUUCUAUUACAGCGUUGGCGCGCUUCUGCACAGCGUACUGCCACGCGUCAUCGCUGUGCACGGCAUCCAACAGCAGCAGCGCAAACAGGGCGAGGUGCUGCGGGACGCCUUCUACAGCUUAGGUCCGCUCGCUGUCAAGGCCGGCGUGUGGGCGGCGGUGGAGGUGCUGCAUGCGCGCGGGCUGACGCUCACCUACACCGGCCGCGUGUCGGGGUGGACGGCGUGGCUGUACGUGGCGCUGUGUGUGGCGCUGCUGGACUACCUGCACGACACCUGGUUCUACUGGACACACAGGCUGCUGCACUGGAAGCCGCUGUACGUGCACGUGCACUACAUCCACCACAAGUCCAAGGCCCCCUCGGCCUACACCGGGUACUCCUUCCACCUGGUGGAGGCGCUCAUCGUGUUCGCCAACGAGGUGCUGGUGUGCUUCCUGUUCCCGCUGCACAUGGGCCUGCACCGCGCCUACCACUUGUACACCACACUCAUACACGAGGGCGGGCACGUGGGUUACGAGCUGGCUCCCUUCAUCCCCACCUUUGCCGGUGUGGCCACGCUGGCCUUCCGCGGCGUGCGGCCCUGCGCCGCCCUCAACACGGUGCAGCACCACGACAUGCACCACCGCUACCCCACCAAGCACUUCUCGCUCUACUUCACGCACUGGGACCGGCUGUGCGGCACACUGCACCCCGCCUACGACCGCGACCUGUUUCACUACUUCCCGACCAAGGCCGCGGCGGGUGCUGCUGCCGGUGCUAACGCAGGGCAGCAGGACAAGGGCGCGCAGCUGCAGAGCGGGGCGGCGGCGACCAACGGCGGCGUGAAGCACGAGUGAUGAAAUGGUGAUCCGAAUUUCCAUGGUUAGGGUAGCCGGCAGCAGGAGGGCGACGACGGUGGCCGGUUGCGUGGCGGCGGGGACAGCGUUGAUGGCUUUUACAUUGCCUCAAGCCUGGUGUGCAUGCCGCAGAAAAGGGGCCGCCGCCAUGCUGCCUGGCCAGCGCCGCGUGAUAACUUUUAUGCAUUCUUUUCAAGCCGUACGUGUCAUGUUUGGGGGCUCGUGCUUUCUGCUUCUACAGGAAAGGCCAGAGGUUUCAGGGCGCCGCACUGCUUGGCGAGGGAACCGCACCGGUACCGUUGCCUGUGCGCUGAGGUAGAAAGCAUGAAACAAGGCGAACUCGCAUGACCAUGGAUGCGGUGCAGUGUGAUGCGUGUGAAUACUGCUCUUAUUAUGGUGGUUGUCUAGCCUUGUUAUGCACUGCGGUGGUGAGCUUUGCGGUGGUGGGCACGCUGGGAACGGACCUGCGUGAGCGGCAGUAGUGACCUACGGGUGUGUUUCGGCACGGCGGCGGCUGGACCGGCAGUGUUAUCGGCUUAUCACUCCAGCAAUUUUGACGAUUGCUUUUGCUGGGAGGUGGUACAGCGGUGCUGUGUAUGGACAGCCAGUAAGCCACCAACACAAAGUGAGAUGAGGAAGUGUCUCCAUAGGACGGGCAUGCACCGAGCGCGCCCCAUGCGCGGGUUGGGCAUACGAUUAGCUCAGUUUAAGGCUCAGGAGGCUCGAAUUAGGGAGCGGUUGAGCGUUUCUGUGAGCGGGGACUGCAAUGUGCAGCAUUGGUGCUAGUGGUGUCAGCAGCUGCUGCUGUGGCUACAGCUGGGCAGCAGAUCGCACGGCGUUUGUGGUCGCCUUUUGCUGCUGGCUGGUGCAUUGCUAAGCUUGAGUGAGCAGGAUGCGUGACUCUGUAACCAGAUUAGAUG